ACUACAGUGUCUCUCAUGAAUCACAGAGCUACUACCAACAGAUUGUGCUUUUAUUUCUCCUCUUAGGAAAUGGAUGAAAGGUUUAAGUUCUGACACAAACAGGAAAACACACUAUGAGCAUUUAUCCUGAAGGCAUCACCUCUUUAAAUAGCUACAGAGUAGUGUGACUCUGUUUCUCACAAGGGCCAGAAACUCCACUGCUCUUUGUGUCUCUAGUCCUUGUAUGACUAGAGGCAUAAAGCUUUAUCCUAUCACAGUGUGUUCAGAUAGCUUUCAGAGUGUGCAUGUUUGUGACUGUAGGCUGGGAAAGGAUUUACUGCCACUGGAGGCAUGAAGAAACUUGGUUUCAAAUAUAUUUUGCUCUGUUCCUUUAAGGAUAUCAUAAGUGAGACUUUAUUCGGCUCCAAGAAAAUCCCUCCCUCAGUGCCGAAGAAUUAACAGGAUGCUUUCCAAUGAGUCCUUACAUCCUCCCAUGUUCAGCCGUUCCAGUUCUCAGGCCUCUGUGGAUAGCACCUCAAUGGAGGAUUUCUGGUGUGAAGUGGAAAGUAUCAAAGAAAACAGUGAACAAGGACAAGAAGAACAAACACUAUUAGAAGUCAAACCAGCUGAUGAGGGGGAACUUGAAGCUGAAUGGCUGCAAGAUGUGGGCCUAUCUACGUUGAUUUCGGGGGCUGAAGAAGAGGAUGGGCAAGCCCUGCUGUCCACACUGACCCGCACACAAGCUGCUGCAGUACAAAGAAGGUACAACACCUACACACAGACUAUGAGGAAGAAGAACAAACACAGUGUCAGGGACGUGCGAGACAUCUUUGGAGUUAAUGACUCUUCUCCCACGUUUGAGACAGCGCCAGUGUCACCAGUUCCUUCUAAUGGUAUCCAGCUUCCGGGACAGAAGCCAGUUUGGAAAUCAGUGAGUUCUAAUAGCUGUCUAGACUGUGGACUAGAUAAAGACAGCCCAUCAGUAACAGAAGAGCUAUCCUAUGAGGUUUCUUUCUCAGAAUCCAUCACCGUGGUCCCAAAAAACAGAGAACGGCAGAACAACCUGAGAUUCAAAAAGGAUGAUUCUGCUUUGCCUAAAUUUAUUAUUCGAAAAAGCCAAUUUGGCCUGACAGAGGUUGGAGACCUAUCUCUUGAAGACAUGAAGAAAAUUCGCAAUCUCUCUCUGAUUGAAUUAACAGCCUUCUAUGAUGCUUUGGGAAUAGAACUAAAGAGGAACCGAACAGAAAGAAUCAAAGGACGAGAAAAUGGCCUUUUUGGAGUCCCUCUCACGAUCCUGUUGGAAAACGAUCAAAAGAAGGUGCCUGGAAUAAAAAUUCCUCUCAUCUUUCAAAAACUGUUGCUCAAGCUUGAGGAAACGGGUUUAGAAACGGAAGGAAUUCUUCGAGUUCCUGGAUCUGCCUCAAGAGUUAAGUAUCUCCGUCAAGAAAUUGAAAUAAAAUUUCAUGAAGACACAUUUGACUGGGACCAAGUACGAAACAAUGACGCAGCAGGACUGCUGAAGAUGUUUAUAAGAGAACUCCCGAGCCCCCUCUUCACCGUAGAAUAUCUGCCUGCCUUCAUCACACUAGUGGAAAAAGUCUCCAAGGUCAAGUUACAGUUACAAGCUUUGCAUCUGUUGAUCAUGUUGUUGCCUGAUGCCAACAGGGAUACAGCCAAGGCCUUUCUGCAGUUCCUGAAGAAGAUAGUGGCUAAUGAAGGGAAAAACAAAAUGAACUUAUGGAAUGUUUCCAUGAUUGUUGCACCAAACGUCUUCAUCUACAAGGGCAAACAUGCAAACCAAGAAGAGAUGCAAGCAGCAGCCACCACGGCACACAUAGUGAGACUUUUAAUUAAGUACCAGGACAUCCUGUGGACAGUCCCAUCCUUCCUGAUUUCUCAAGUGAGAAAGAUGAAUGAGGCUACAAUGAACAACACCAAGAGACAGAUGAUGUUUGACAAGGGUGUGAGAAGAUUGCUGAGGAGAAAGACCAUGGAACGAGAGAGACCUGAAAGAUCAGAGACCCACAUACCAGAGGGGGUGAUAAGAGUUUAUGCUCCACUGCAUUCAAAAGUGUCUAUGGCAAUUCAACUGAACAGUCAAACAAAAGCCAGAGACAUCCUGGCUCGAUUUCACUGUGCAAACAGCCAUGCAUCAUCAAAGAACACGAAAGUCCAGAUCCAACGUUUAUAUGAAAUUGGAGGAAACAUAGGACUGCAUUGUUUGGACCCAGAUGCAUACAUGUUAGAUGUUUACCGUGCAAAUCCUCAAGCAGAAUGGGUGAUAAAACCAAAAUCAAGUUGAAGCUUGCAAAGAUAUCACAUCUCAGUGAUUUGGAAAAAGCCAAAAAGAUGGCAAUGAUGCUUUCCAUCUCAAGACGACCUGGCCACAGAUGAAACCAAAGCAUUUUUUAUUUUAUAUAUUUUCCUCCCCAUGUACUUUACCAUUGAGCCUUUUCAUACCAAAUAGGUAAUGAGAGCUGUUACUCCAAUUUAUGGAACAUUAUACAAUGGUGACACUGUCACAUGGAUUAUAUUUGUGCCAGUUCUUCAAUAGACGUGAAUGAGGAAGGAGCAGAGGUACUUAGAAACAACUUGUGGACCUGAGUAUUUUUUUCACUUCUUGACUUGAUGCUGAGAAGACACAUUUUUAUAAACAGGUAACACAAUGACUUCCUAGAAUGUAGUGAACGCUACCGAUUGCAAGGUAAUGCAAAAGAAUCACCACGGUAUGCAAGAAGGGAAACGUAUCUAUUAGACAUGGACUCUGGGAGCUGGACUGACAGCAGUGCCACAAUGUGUUUAUGUGAUAAACUCGAACCCUUCUUUCAAAAGCAAACCAGUUUAUAAAGUAAAACGUACAUUGUUACAAUAUUUGUGCGGCUGACUCACUCCUCAUUAGUAGCUGAUACUGAGGAGAAAGAACUACUGUGUAAAGACAAACAUACUGGUUAUGUAUGUUGUACUGUGUAUGUUACUACUAUCAGCCUUCUGAUACAUCUCUCUCCGGCGUUGACCGCGUACCAAUGUAUUUGUAGCACCACUGCCUCACAAAGUAAACAAUACGUCCUUCUCCCUCCCUCCCUCCCCUACCCACACAUGUAAAAGUGAUGGGGCUCGGAGACAGCCACUAGUCUUCCCACUCCAGUUUUCACUGACUAGUCAUGGCUUUAAAAUGUUUUCUGCUUAAUUGUCUUAAUAUGUGUGCUGAAUGUCUUAAGGGCCAGUUACAGACAUUACCCUUUCUCCAAAACCUAGUCUUUUCUCAUUUUUAGGCUAAUUGUUUUUCCUUAGUCUAUUUUAGUUUAAUAUGAAAGUAGUUUUUAGUCUUGUCAGCAGUGUUCAGAAGAAAGAUCUUGUCUGACACUUGUGUACUGUGGCAGGGGUUUUAGGUUUUCCUGUUCAUAGAGAUGGAGAAGAAGAGCUUCUGAUGAGAAGUAGGAUUUAUUAUUAUUUAACAUUGCCAUUGUGGUAGUGCCUAAAGGCCACAACCAGGUUGGGCCCCACUGUGCUAGGCACUGUACAAACAAGUAAUAAAUAGCUAACUCUGCUGCAAAUUGCAUGCAGUCUAAAAGAUGAGACAAACACAGGCUGGGAUGGGGUUGCGGAGACAGUAUAACAAAUUUAUUUACUAAAAUAUGCUCCAUUCUUAGCCAGUCAGUAGUAGUGCUCAGAGCUCUCCAGCUGGCUAGACAUGAUCAUGCUUGCAAGAGAUGUGGUGAUGCUCUAGAAAUCAAGAAUUUCUUUCUCAUGCUGCAAAAACAGGAAGUUGUCAGAAAUAUCCUUUGUUAAAUUUGAAUGAUAUAUAUUUACUGUAUGAUAAAUUCAUCUGUGGUAUGACCUGUACAAUCACUUUGGUGGUUUUUUCCCUCCAUGAAUUGGCCACAAGAAUAUGGAGAGAAAUAAUCUUUCAUUUAUGAGGUAGCAAUCGAUAACUGUUAUGUGCUGUGUCCCACAAAUAAAUGUAAAAUAUGUUAUCUUGAUGACAGAGCAUGUAACUUGUGAUGGUUUGAUACAUCUGUGUAAUUACUAUUGUUAUAUAUUUUGAAACCUUACUUUAGGUCUCAGAUUACUAUAUAUCAUGCCCUCCACUACACCCGUGCAACCUUAUUGGUGGUACUUAGUAAGCGAAGCCAACCUGUGGCAUAUGGAAUAUUUCACUUUUUGAGCUGAGCAUAUAGGGGGCAGAAUUUGGUUUCCUUUCUUCAAGCUACAGGGUAGGAUAAAAUUUAACAACAUUCGGUACCCUCACCUAAAUUUUGCAGAAUUGCUUUUCUUCAGCUCCAGGGCAUAAUAUGAAUCUCUGCCCAAUUCUAGCUAGGAUAGUUCUAGUACAGCUGUAAUAAAAACAACGUAUUUCUUGUUUUCACAACUCUUUAGCCACGUGUAUUUGAGAGAUGUGGGCCAGUGGUUUGGCAACAAGACUAAUAGCUCAACUGUUCUAGUACUAAUUUUUUACACUGGUUCCUUCUGUGAUCAAGUCACUUAAUCCCUCUGCCCCCAUGUUCUUAACUAUAAAAUAGGACUAAUAAUACUCUUCUCAGGGGGGUAGCAUAAGAAUUAGGUAAGGUCAAAUUCUGCUCUCAGAUAUGUGCAUGCAACCCCUGUGAGCUGAACAGGAGUUGUAAACAUAUCUUAUAAAAGGAUAAACAGCUCCUAGGGAUUUUAUGUGGAAAAUCCCCCUUGAAUGUGAAGAGCAGUAUAGAAAUACUAAGUAAUAUUAUAUUUAUUACCAUUGAAAGGAUUUCUAUGAUUUCACAGAAAUCCUGCACAUCUGCUAAAUAAUUUAAAAUGUAGAACCCAAGAUAACAUUUUCUAAAGUAUAUUCAGACGCCUUCAACUUCUCCACCUUGUCCCCAAGCAUUCAGACUGUAACUUACUCUAUACGUUUUGGACUCUCAAACGUAGAUUCCACUGGAAAUCUUCCUAAAAUAAAUACCGCUGUGUGUUACAAAUGAAGGAAGGCUGCUUGGAAUACCUUAGCCACUUCCCCUCUUUGCACAGGGACAGAAGAAAGCCAAAUUUGAUUUAAGUAAAUCCAUCCUUUGAUAAUGGAAUGAUUACUUUUUUAAUUAAAACUGUCUGUCACUUUAAUCCACAUAAAUAUAAGCAGUUCGAAUAGAUUCUUCGAACAGUAUACAGACUGGUAAUAUAGGGCCAAAAUCUUGCUGUCAUUGAAUUAAAAAUUAAAAUUCCAAUAGACAUGAAGGAGAGAAGGAACUAAUUGCCUAAGUCAUACUUAUUGUAGUUGGAGUUGUUACUUAUGUUUUACAUUGGCCACAUUGGCUAACAGGAAAACAAAUAUUACAGUCAAAAUGUUCAAACAUGGGGUCUUGACAUUAGGCCUACCAGUUUGAAAAGGUUGGCUUAGGUUUCUGGAUUUCCGCUUCCAUUAGCAGCAGUUUCAUUCAAAGUUGUUACAUGUUGGUUUGUUAGGUAACAAAAUUGUGCAGUGAAAUAUUAAUAAGGGACUGAACAUGUUUAGAAGUAGAACCUAUUCAACAACCUCCAGAGAUGCCUUAAGUGUUUACAUGCUCCAUUGGCUGCAAAAAGAUCAUUUUCUGCAUCAACACACUAGCUAUAGAGAAGUAUGUAAGAAGUAGUUAGAAACAUAUUGGAACAAUCCAACUCCUUUUCAUAUUGCUAAUGUCUUUAUAAUGUGUAUAUACACUGUAAACUACCUCACUGCAUUUGCCAGGAAAAAACAUUCUGGCUUAGAAGCAUUUUAUUCCAAAGCGUCCUAGUAGCAUUGCCUACUUCUACUUGCCUCACAGCCUUUGAUGAUGCUGCAUUAACAAUGUUUCCUUUCAGUGGGCAAGAUCUGGAAACCAGCCAGUUUUAAAAACCAGAAUGACAUAUUUCUUGCUAAGAAAGAAAUUGCACACCGGAUGCGUUGCCUCACUCCUUGAUCUUAUACCUGGUCAUAUUCAAAACAACUGUAGUGAAUCAUGGGGGGUUUGAAUGUUAGGUAAGAGAUCCGUUUUUAUAAAC